AUUUGACCUCAUUGACGUCACGAAGCGAGGAAUCUAGAACUAGUUCACCUGUCAGCCUGCCGCUAAAUAUCCUAAUGACAUUAGUUAGACGAGCUACAACUUUUCUUUGUUUGUUUUUUAAGUCCCAUACCUUUUAUCGACUGUUCAACGCGGAACGGCACUGGUAACCCACGCCGUAAAAAAAUGAUUAUGGAACCUUUAGGGAAACGUUAUCUAUUUUCAUGGCUGUUUGUGGCUUUAAGUCUUCAGGUGUCGAGUUUACAUUUUGCAGUAGCGACUUACUACACAGCCUACCUGAACGUGUCGUUUAUUGAUCCUGCAAACAACGAAACCAUAUCGCGACAAGGGGAAAGCGGACUAACGGUAUAUGGACAAGAUUCUCCUAAAGUUACGGUGAUGGGGGACGUUUAUUUACCUGAUCCGAUUUACAGUUGCGAAAGUGAUACUUUCUAUGAUGUGCCUAGUGGGUCGAAAGGGUGGAUCGCCAUAAUUCAACGCGGCAACAGAUGUACUUUUUCACAGAAGAUCAAUGUUGCAGCCAGUAAAGGAGCUGUUGCUGUUGUAAUUUUCAAUGGUCUUGGUACAGACAAUACAGUCAUCCAAAUGUCGCACCCAGGAACAGGAGAUAUGGUUGCCAUCAUGAUUAGUCACAGACGGGGCAUGGAAAUUGUUGAGCUGAUCAGGCAAGGGAUUCCAGUCUCGAUGACCAUUGAGGUGGGCAAGCAGCAUGGUCCCUGGAUGAGCCACUACUCGGUCUUCUUCGUCUCCAUCUCCUUCUUCAUGAUAACAGCAGUAACUGUGGGCUACUUCAUCUUCUACUCGGCCCGCCGCCUCAACGCUGUUCGUCUACAAAACCUUCAACAGAAACAGCUGAAGGCAGAGGCCAAGAAAGCCAUUGGUCAGCUGCAAGUCCGGACCGUGAAACGGGGAGAUAAGGAGACUGGGCCUGAUGCUGACACCUGUGCAGUGUGUAUUGACGCUUACAAGUCUGGCGACGUGCUGACCAUUCUCACCUGCAAUCAUUUCUUCCACAAGACCUGCAUUGAGCCCUGGCUAAUGGAGCACAGGACCUGCCCCAUGUGUAAAUGUGACAUCCUCAAGGCCUUGGGAGUAGAGCAGCCGGAAGAGGACCAGCCCAGUCAUCAGUUGACCAUGCAGCCAGACAUGACGUCCUACCCCAGGGUUCUAGUCCCAGAGGACACCCGCAGUGAGACAGCCUCCGCAGGCUAUGCUUCUGUACAAUGCACAGAGGAGCACAGCAAUCCAGCAGAUGAGAACCACGUGUAUGAGACGUUGGGGCACCAUCCUGGCCCAGGGUCAAUCCAGGUGGACAUCCUCCAGCCCCAUUAUGACAACCUCGCCUUUGAGGGCAACUCACGAAACCAACGGGAACCCCUAACAUGAAUGGGAUGCUCACUCCAAGCACUAGAUCUUGGCUAAUGGGACUGGCACCACAAUCAAUUACAUUCGAAGAUGUUUCCUGUGGUUAUGAAGCAAGGGAAAGCAGGAAUGUGGGUCUGAUAUUAUUCAUAGGGAAAGAGGGCUUGACCUAUAUAUGCAUAUCAAUUUACAUGAAAUUGAUGAGGCAAUCCUUCGAUGCACUUGUCUGAGUUUCGAAAUGGUACUGCCCAGUUUCAUUCUGAUUUAAUUGUACUUUUUAAUAAUAUGAUUUGUUAUUUGAUUACGUUUCUUGAGGCUUAAUUACUUCAGUUAAUGUAUCACUUCAUCAGUUACUGAUUUUAAAUUUUUUCAAUAUGCUAAUUUAACACUACUACUGUCCUUUAAUGGAGUUAAUAGGAAACAGUUCUAAUGACAAAGUUCUAGAGGCAGUAUGCAAAUUCAGUUUAAAAGACCCUUUAGAUUUUGAAACAUAAAAUAAUGCAGUAGUUAAUGUAUCAGUAAAAGUAGGGUUGCUACAUUCCAGUAACUCCCAAAAUCCCCAGGUUUUCCAGAAAUCCUGUUUUGAGGGAGCAGGAUUUCCUCCUGAUUCCAUAUAUUUAGUCCAACCAGGUUUUGUGGAAAACCGCAGCUAUAUGGGGAAAGUUACUGGAUUUUUACAACCCUAAGUAUUUAAUUUUCUGAAGGUUUGCUGCUUUACACAUUUUCUAAUACUAUUUGUUGCAUGGAAAAUGUAUUUUACACUGCUAUUCAAAGUUCCAAUGUACUUUUACUGAUAUGUCUUCUAAGCAUUGAUUUUAUUUAAAGUAACUGUCCAGUGUUUCCAGAUUGUCUAUAAAAUAUGACCUAUAAUGAAAUACCAUAUACGUUAAAACAUUUUGGAAAGAAAACUAUUUAAGUAUGUUAAAAAGCUUUUUAACAUACUCAAUACACCAACAACAGAAUAGUGUGGGUGUAUUGAGUGAAGACGAAUUAGAAGUUUUCUUGUUGUAAUUAACUCGUAGCAUUCUUAGAUUACUCAUUAUAUUAAUAGUCAGAUUUAAUCAACCAUUCUGUCAUUUUUUUUAAAGAUGAAGGGUCAAAAUCAUUACAUAUCCCAUCGAGCUGCCCGUUGUCAAAGUUCCAAGACCAGUCAGAAACGUCCAGCUAAUCCUACGCCAAAGAGGCCGGUGAAUCUCAAAACUGAACUUGGAUCUGCGUUAAGUAGCAAUGAUAUCCUUCGCAACUGUCGUUUUACGACAGAUAUCUCGAACCAGUCAAGACUAUAAAUCAUUUUUACGUUUCUUUACAGCAAAUUCCUGAGUUACCUAAUUGUAAAACUAGCAAAGAAGUUUUGAAGUGGAGGGUGCGGUAUUAAUGAAGUUUGGCAAUGAGGAUGAAAACUAGCAUAGUUUAGCCAGGGAAAACAAGCUCGGCCUAGUGUGCACAUGUGCACUAGGCUAAUUCGGGGGGGAAAAUUAUAGUUUUUAUGUCCUGAUAUUAGGAGCUGGCGGUAAAGUUUGAUUAAACAAUUCAGAGACCUUAAUGAAUACAUCAAAUUACAUAUAUUUUAAGGAGAGCGAAUCGAUAAUCCCGAAAUUAACUGUCGAUAGUAAAACAAUGUUUGAGUGAACCCUGAAUACAGUAAAUGAAUGGUGAAGUCGCUUCCGGACACGUUAGACGACGACUCACCACUAUACUGGUCAUAAAAAAAUAUUAAUCCGAGUAGACCAUUGAUUGGACAGCUCAUCCUCUAUAAGGAAAUGGCAAGCAUUUUGUAAAUGGUCUGUUUGAGAUACAAGUUUGAGGCAGGUUUUUUUUCUCCAAUUUAUACUUAAUUUUUUAUUUAACUAGGCAAGUCAGUUGAAUAAAUUCUUAUUUACAAUGACGGCCUACCCCAGACAAACCUGGACGACACUGGACCAAUUGUGCGACUCCCAAUCACGGCCGGAUGUGAUUCAGGCUGGAUUCGAACCAGGGACUGUAGGGACGCAUCUUGCACUGAAGAUGCAGUGCCUUAGACUGCUGUGCCACUUGUGAGCCCAUACGAGUAUAGGAUGAGUCAGCAACAUUAUUUGGGUAUGAGAAUAUAAACUUUUAAAAGUGUGAAUUUCACUGGACAGUUAAUUUAAAUCAUAAGCAUAGGAUGUUACUCUCGAUCAAUACUCAGUUUUCCUUACCUUGCAGAGGAGAGCAUAAGAUUGAGGAACAUUCCAGGUUCUUAAUGAAGAUUUUCGUGUCUCAUUGGCUGCGUUUAGACAGGCAGCCCAAUUCUGAUGUUUUUUUCACUAAUUGGUCUUUUAACCAAUCAGACCAGCUCUGAAAAAGACCUGAUGUGAAAAGAUGUGAUUGGUCAAAAGACCAAUUCAUGGGAAAAAAUCAAUGGGCUGCCUGUCUAAAUGCACCCAUUGUUAUCAUUGAUUGUGCAUGUACUUUUGGUUUACCAUUUGUUUAUUUAUUAAGGAAAAUCCCAAAAUGAGGGACUGCCCCACCUACUGUAUGCUUGUGACAUUACUAUUUCUUACACACUCUGCUCCAACCCCCUGCCCAGUGCUUCCUGAUCUGUAGCUUUUUUCUUUGUCUGUUAUGAGGUUGAUGCAUGUUAGGAAUGGUAUUUCUAAACUUGGAAAUAGUCCUUUACGGUAUGGCAGUAAGAGCAUCUUUUUGAACCCCCUGGCUUCAUGAAAAUAUUUUAAAAUGUGUGUGAGUAACUACCUGUGCUUUAUGGGUGUGUGCCUUUAAAAUGAUUCACCGGUGCAAGAUAUAAUUCCAUGCCAUCCUACUUUGAUAGGGAAAUGCUAUGAUUUCACUGUAUUUUGAAGUAGAUUGUGCAUGCACUUUACAUGAAUUAAUUCAUUACACUUUCAGUAUAUGUAUCAGUUUUUUUCCCACUCGUCUUAACCUUGUUCAGCCUUUCCAGAGUAAAUGUAUAUUAUAGUAUUUUUCUUAAAUAAGGGACAAAAAGGGUAUUCUAUAUUUUAUUUUACUUAGUUGCAGUGCCUUCAUACCCAUUGACUCAUUCCACAUUUUGUUACAGCCUGAAUUCUAUUAGAUUUUACACUAGAUUUUUUUUUCAUCCAUCUACACACAAUACCCCAUGAUGACAAAGUGAAAUCAUGUUUUUAGAAAUGUUUGCACAUUUAUUGAAAAUGAAACACAGAAAUAUCUAAUUAAGUAUUCACACCCCUGAGUCAGUACAUGUUAGAAUCACCUUUUGGCAGUGAUUACAGCUGUGAGUCUUUCUGGAUAAGUCUCAAAGCUUUGCACACCUGGAUUGUACAAUAUUUUCACAUUAUUCUUUAAAAUGUUGAGCACUGUCUUUAAUUGUAUGUGUGGGGUACAAGUAGAGAUUAGGUAUUCAUUAAAAAAUCAUGUUAAACACUUAUUGCGCAUGGUCCAUGCAACUUAUUAUGUGACUUAAGCGCAUGUUUACUCAUUAACUUAUUUAGGCUUUCCAUAACAAAGGGGUUGAAUGCUAACUGACUCGAAGACAUUUCAGCUUUUCACAUUUAGUUCAUUUGUAAAAACUCUAACAUAUUUCAAAUUUGACAUUAUGGGGUAUUAUGUGUAGGCCAGUGACACAAUCUUAAUUAAAUUUAGGCUUUAACAAUAAAAGUGGAAAAAGUAAAGGGGUGUGAAUACUUUCUGAAGGCACUGCAUGUGAGAAAUUUGAUAACUGGUAUAUAUUCAUAAAAUACUUUUAGAAUAUUGCAAAUAUAUUUUCAUAUUAAAAUAUUGCUUUUUGAUAAUUAGUUCAUUUUGUGUGUGUAUAUGGAUUAAAAGCAUUUUCUGAUCUUCA